GCUGGCUUUCCUGGAAUUGUCGGGCAACUUUUCCUGUUGUGCUUGCUACCGCUUGCUCAAUCUCAUGCCUAAUGACAGCUCUGCUGCAGGAUUACUGGGGCUGUGAAGACCCGUGCCGUCCGGAUGCAUAUCCCUACAGCAUGCUGGAGUUUGUGACUGGUGCAUUUGUUGUUGUAAACAUGUUUUCAUGACUCAGGUCAGAAGUUUUCCUUCAGCAAAAAUGUCUCGGCAGUGCAAAGUGGGGCGAAGUCCAUCGAUAGCUAAUCGGCUUCCCUGGAUUUCGCCUACAUUUCCUCUUUGUUUUGCCUGAAAAUGGAAACACUGGAGUCGGAGCUGACCUGCCCAAUCUGUCUGGAGCUUUUUGAGGACCCGCUGCUCUUGCCCUGCGCUCACAGCCUUUGUUUCAACUGUGCUCACCGAAUCCUGGUUUCCCAUUGCACCCCCAGCGAGUCCAUUCAGUCCAUCAGCGCCUUCCAGUGCCCGACCUGUCGCUAUGUCAUCUCCCUCAACCAGAGGGGCCUAGAGGGACUCAAACGCAACGUGACCCUGCAGAACAUCAUCGACCGCUAUCAGAAGGCGUCUCUCAGCGGACCUAACUCUCCUAACGAGACGCGGCGCGCGCGAGCCGUCCCCGACAGCAAAGCCAUGACCUCCCCCGGCGGCCGGGUCCAGUGUCAGUUCUGCGAGCAGGACCCCCCGCAGGACGCGGUGAAGACCUGCGUCACCUGCGAGGUGUCGUACUGCGACGAGUGUCUCAAGGCCACCCACCCCAACAAGAAGCCCUUCACGGGCCACCGUCUGAUCGAGCCCCUGCUGGACUCCCACCUGAGAGGCCUCAUGUGUCUGGAGCACGAGGACGAGAAGGUCAACAUGUACUGCGUGACGGAUGAGCAGCUGAUCUGCGCGCUGUGUAAGCUGGUCGGCCGACACCGAGACCACCAAGUGGCCGCUCUCAGUGACCGAUACGACAAACUCAAGAAAUCUCCUGACCGCUUUCUCUGUGUGGGGCGUGAUCAUUCUCACCAGGAGGCAGACCAGCAGGCCUUGGAUUCCAACCUCAGCAAUCUCAUCAAGAGGACCAGUGAGUUGGAAAGUCUGAUGGGCAAACUUAUCCAGACCUGCCAGCACGUGGAGGUAAAUGCAUCGCGGCAAGAAAACAAGCUGGUGGAAGAGUGUGACCUGCUGAUUAAUAUCAUACAGCAGCGAAGACAAAUCAUAGCCACCAAGAUAAAGGAGGGAAAGACUGUGAGGCUGAGGAAGUUAGCCCAGCAGAUAGCCAGCUGCAAGCAGUGCAUCGAGAGGUCCUCCUCCCUCAUCACUCAGGCCGACCAAACCCUCAAAGAGACGGAUCACACUCGCUUCCUCCAGUCGGCUAAAAGUAUCUGCGAGAGAGUGUCUAUGGCAACAGCUUCCUCGCAAAUCCUGCUCCCGGAAAUAAACCUGAAUGACACCUUUGAUACCUUUGCUUUGGAUUUCUCACGGGAGAAGAAAAUGUUAGAAAGCUUGGAUUACCUCACAGCGCCAAAUCCGCCGGCAAUCCGCGAGGAGCUCUGCACCGCUUCAUAUGACACAAUCACAGUCCACUGGACAUCAGACGACGAAUUCUCUGUUGUUUCGUACGAACUUCAGUACGCCAUAUUUACCAACCAAUCCAAUGUUGUCAGUCUGUGUAACUCUGCUGACAGCUGGAUGAUAGUGCCAAACAUCAAGCAGAACCACUACACCGUGCACGGACUCCAGUGUGGCACCAAAUACAUCUUCAUAGUGAAGGCCAUAAACCAGGCCGGCAACCGCAGCAGUGAGCCAGGGAGACUGAAGACCAACAGUCAGCCUUUCAAACUGGACCCAAAGUCUGCGCACAGGAAGCUGAGGGUGUCCCACGACAACCUGACGGUGGAGAGGGACGAGACCUCGUCCAAAAAGAGCCACAGCCAGGAUCGCUUCUCCAGUCACAGCAGCUAUGGCGUCACGGGAAACGUCUACAUCGACAGCGGCCGCCAUUACUGGGAAGCUCUGAUCGGAGGAAGCACAUGGUUUGCGGUGGGAAUCGCUUACAAGUCCGCUCCGAAGCACGAGUGGGUUGGUAAAAACUCUGCGUCCUGGGUGCUGGCGCGCUGCAACAACUCGUGGGUGGUGCGCCACAACAGCAAGGAGAUCCCCAUCGAACCCUCUCCCCACCUGCGGCGUCUCGGAGUUCUGCUGGACUACGACUCCGGGCUGCUGUCCUUCUACGACGCCGUCGGCUCUCAGCACUUGCACACGUUCGACAUCGACUUUGUUCAGCCCGUCUGCCCCGUGUUCAGCGUGUGGAAUAGAUGUUUAACGAUACUCAGCGGACUGCCCAUCCCCGAUCACCUCGAGGGAACAGACUACAACUGAUGUGAGCGAGCGGAGGCCGAACGGCCCGCCUUCCAAACUGUGACCCAGACACAUCCCUAGUAAUUAAAAACAAUUCAAAUCAAAAUCGCUGCCAUGAAAGCUUUGACAUUGGGGCUUUGUGGAAGUUAAUUGGAGUUAUGGAAGAAAUUAUUUUGAGGCACUUGUAAAUGUAUUUCUUUUUUUUUUUUUUUUUUCUUGGUUUGCACAUUCAUGUACAGUACAUUAUACUGCUGGGUGGUUUUUGGAGACUUGCUUACCAUUUAAAAUGUUGAAAUAUUUUAAAUUGUUUGAUUUCUAAGCUCAUGUGACAUGUUUGUGUGUGUGCGUGUGUGUGUGUGUGUGUGUGCGUGCAUGUGCGUGUGGUGCUUUUGAAGAUAAUCAUCAGUCUUCAAGUGAUUCCUUUGUUCAAAUCUUUUGGAAGGUUGAUUUAUGGACAAUUUUUGAUUUUUUGUUUUUGUGUUAAAAGUUAUAGCACUUUGUUAGGAUAAGAGUGUCCCUAGUAAAUGUAUUUUUAAGACACUUUUAUUAUAAAACACAUGUUUACCAGUGACUGAUUUUAAGGGAAAUGCACUUAAAUAGAUCCAGUAAUAAUAGUAAAAAUUAGUUUUACCUAGAAUCCAACAUUUUUAAAAUAUUUAUUACCUGCAAAUGCCUUUGUACAGUUAGAUCCAUCAGAUUAUUCAUCUCCUUCUUCUAGCAUUUCAGAACAACUCCUCCAUAAAGUUUUUACAUUUAAAGUUCUCGAACAACAUGCAAUAAAUCAUAUAAUUACCUGUGUGGAUUGUCUUCUUUGUUUCAGUAUGUACUACAAAUGUGUCUCAAUAGGAAAACAAUUAAAUACAUGCAUAUUGUUUGCACUCAUUCACUUUGGGGUUUUUACUGAGGCAUGGAUAAGUGUCCACAACAGGGUGAAAAGAAAACAGCAACAUCAGCGUGGAGGAAAGUGUCACUGUUUCUUUAUGAAUCUCUGACCUGCACUGAACCAAAAUACAACUUUUGACAAGAUUUGCUCUGACAUCUCUUUUUGUACUGAAGUAACGUGGCUUGAAUUCUGCAGCGUCUCCCUUCAACUAAGUAGACAAGAGCAACGAAAAAAGAGAGGGAGGGGGAAGAUCUGAACUCUCUGUGACCCCUCUAUGAGACACCCUGCAGAUAAGCCACCUCCUCCUUGUAACACCAUUAAGACAGGAUUUUGAGACGUGUUCGUUUUUUUUAUGUAAAGAAGUGACAGUGGUUUGAUGGAAGCUCGAUAAAUGCACUAUUGUAGAUUGCACUGCCAUUUUCAAUAAAAAUACAAAGAUAUUGUUUAGGAAUGAUUUA